AUGAUCCAGCCAGGAAUCUGCACUAAAGGGAAACUGUAUGAAUGUGCUGAGUGCGGAAAAAUCUUCAGUAAUGACUCAUCCCUGAUUGUUCAUCGGAGAGUCCACACAGGAGAGAGACCCUAUAACUGCCCAGAGUGUGGGAAAUCCUUCCCUCGGAGCUCCACCCUUGUUGUGCAUCAGAGAGUGCACACAGAAGAGAAACCCUAUAAAUGCCCCGACUGCGGGAAAAGCUUCAAGCGGAGCUCAACCCUUAUUUCACACCAGAAAAUCCACACAGGAGAGAGACCUUAUAACUGCCUGGAAUGUGGGAAAAGUUUCAAUCAAGGCUCAAACCUAAUUAAGCAUCAGAGAAUCCACACGGGGGAGAGACCCUAUAACUGCCUUGAGUGUGGGAAAAGUUUCACUCGGCACUCGCACCUCAUUAGACAUCAGAGAAUGCACACUGGAAAGAUACCCUAUAGGUGCCCUGACUGUGGAAAAAACUUUAGUGACAGCUCAGCUGUUAUUAGACAUCAGAGGAUCCAUACUGGAGAGAGACCCUAUAAAUGCCUUGAGUGUGGGAAAAGCUUCAAGCAGAGCUCAGACCUUAUGAAUCAUCAGAGAAGCCACACGGGAGAAAAACCCUAUUACUGCCCUGAGUGUGGGAAGGGGUUCAGUCGGAAGGCUCACGUUAUUUCGCACCAGAAAAUGCACAGGCCAGAGAGAUCCUUUAACUGCCUCGAGUGUGGGAAAAACUUCACUAGGAGCUCUGACCUCAUUAGACAUCAGAAAACCCACACUAGGAAGUCACCAUAUAAAUGUUCUGUCUGUCGAAAAAGCUUCAAGCAGAGGUUAGAACUUAUUUCACAUCAGAGAGCCCACACAACAAAAAGAAACUAUAGAUGUUCUGUCUGUGGGAAAAGCUACAAGGUGAAGGUCUCUCUAAUGUCCCAUCAGAAACUCCACACAGGAGAGAGACCCUAUAACUGCUCGGAGUGUGGGAAAUCCUUCACUCGGAGUUCCACCCUUGUUGUGCAUCAGAGAGUGCACACAGAAGAGAAACCCUAUAAAUGCCCCGACUGCGGGAAAAGCUUCAAGCGGAGCUCAACCCUUAUUUCACACCAGAAAAUCCACACAGGAGAGAGACCUUAUAACUGCCUUGAAUGUGGGAAAGGCUUCAGUGAACGCUCAAACCUAAACAAACAUCAGAGAAUCCACACAGGAGAGAAACCCUAUAACUGCCUUGAGUGUGGGAAAAGUUUCACUUGGAGUUCACACCUCAUUAAACAUCAGAGAAUGCACACUGGAAAGAUGCCCUAUAAUUGCCCUGACUGUGGGAAAGGCUUCAGUGACAGCUCAGCUGUUAUUAGACAUCAGAGGAUCCAUACUGGAGAGAGACCCUAUAAAUGCCUCGAGUGUGGGAAAAGCUUCAAGCAGAGCUCAAACCUUAUGAAUCAUCAGAUAAUCCACACAGGAGAAAAACCCUAUUACUGCCCUGAAUGUGGGAAGGGGUUCAGUUUCAACCGGAGAUCCAACCUUGUUAUACAUCAAAGAGUCCACACCGGCGAAAAACCCUAUAACUGCCCCAGCUGUGGGAAGUGCUUCAGUCAGAUAUCACACCUUAUUGUACAUCAGAGAAUCCAUACAGGAGAGAGACCCUAUAAAUGCCUUGACUGUGAGAAAAGUUUCAAGCACAGUUCAGACCUUGUUUCACACCAGAGAAUUCACACAGGGGAGAGACCAUAUAAAUGCCCAGACUGUGGGAAGAGCUUCAGGAAGAGCUCAGUCCUUCUUUCACAUCACACAAUCCAUACGGGAGAGAAACCCCAUAACUGUCUUGAGUGUGGGAAAUAUUUUGCUUAUUUCUCAUCCCUGAUUUCACACCGGAGAAUCCACACAGGAGAGAGACCCUAUACAUGCCUCGACUGCGGGAAAACCUUCCGUCAGAAAGGUACCCUUAUUAUCCAUCAGAGAAUCCACACUGGAGAGGCACCCUAUAGCUGUCUUAAGUGCGGGAAAAGCUUCAAGCAGAGAUCAGACCUUAGUGUACAUCAGAGAAUCCAUGUGGCAGAGAGACCCUAUAAAUGCCCCGACUGUGGGAAAUGCUGCAAGCGCAGCUCAGAACUAAUUUUGCAUCAGAGAAUCCACAUGGGAGAGAAACCCUUUAACUGUUCCGAAUGUGGGAAACGUUUCUGUCAGGGAUCACACCUUAUUAGGCAUGAGAGAAUUCACACAGGAGAGAGACCUUAUAAAUGCUCUGUCUGUGGAAAGAGCUUCAGCCAGAGAUCAAACCUCACCGUACAUCAGAAAAUCCACACGGCAGCAAGACCCUAUAACUGCCCCAAGUGCGGGAAAAGCUACAGGCGCAACUCAGAGCUUAUUUCACAUCAGAAAAUCCACAUGGGAGAGAAACCCCAUAACUGCCCUGAGUGUGAAAAAAGUUUCAAGUGGAGCUCAGAACUAAUUUUGCAUCAGAGAAUCCACACGGGAGAGAAACCCUUUAAGUGCUCCGAAUGUGGGAAAAGUUUCUGUCAGAAAUCGCACCUUAUUAGGCAUCAGAGAAUUCACACAGGACAGUAA